GGCUGCUUGGUUCAGUGCCUCUGGCCAUGCCAGCGAGAGUACGGCCGCUGCGAGCGGGCCAUACUGCUGACGAGGGAGCAGUAAGCUUCCUCCCGACAUCCUCCACCAUCACCGCCCAGCACACAGUGAUAACGAAAGUAUACUUGCAUGUAGGCAAGACGUGUGACCGGUCGAAAGUCUCAGAGUCGUACGUUUCUCGCCCGCUCCCCGCGCCCGAGCGAGGAGAGGGAGGAAUGGUGAGGAGGUCGGAUGGCAUCCCACCUCCAUCGCGACCAUUCAUCACAUCCCAUCCCAUCUCAUCCCCGCCGUCGACAGUUCCACAAAGCAGCAUGAUCCGGUUCACCGCAAGUUGCUGCUCUGCCCACCCGUCCAGCAAGCCCAGCCAUGGUGAUGAAAUAUUAGUAGGCGAUGGACCCCGAAAGGCGUGGUUGAUUGGUUUCCGGAUGUGUCCCGGCGGCAUCUUCCUUUAACCACCUUCCUCUCUCGUCCUGGCGAGGACGCCGACCAGCUGGAAUGAUGUGGUGGAGAGAGGUUGGCGGUCGAUGUCGUGCACGCGAGUAGGUAGCGAGUGAGCUGACUGGCAUGUAGUGUAUACAUGCCAUGCUGUAUUCCUGCGCGGGACCCGGCGGGCAGGUUUAGCUACGCAAGACAACAGCGCAACACUCCUCCACAGUCAGAGAAAUGGCUGGCAUGUUGAGCUAUGCAAAGAGACCCUGAGUGGACAAUGAUGUGCAAGAUCAUUGACGAAAUCUUUUGGAGCCACUGGUCAGGUCACCCGACAGUCGGAAUGCUGUCGUCGUCGGGCGGUCUACAAUCACUUGGCCAAGGCGAAAAGGCGAAUACAGUUAUGAUUGUCGCAGUUUAUUGUGCUAUUGACCCACUUAGCCAG